CGCGGAAGGAGCGAGGAGUAGCGGGCGGCAGAGCUGGCAAAGAGAGUUAGUGGUAAAGGGAGCUGGUGGAGGGGCGGCAGGAGGGGCAGGGCCUGGUCCCCUACGCGGAGAGCGUGCUUGGAGGACCAGGCUGCCUCUCCGCGCGUCCACGCCUGUGUUGGUCCGCAGCCCCUGGCAGCUAGAGGCUAGGGUUUAUUGGACAGUCAGUGUGGGGUUCCUAGGGUUGGCAAUCAAUCCUCCGAAUCCAGAGAUUCGGCACCAGUCAUCAGUAUUAGCACUCAGGGGGUUGGUGGGUUCAGUGUUUAGGAUGCCAAGGGAACCUGUCUUUUGAUUCGCGGUUCAACAUAUAGAGGGAAGUCUGUUAGAGAUCCAGUUGUGGGAUGUGAAUUUCAGAAUUUGGGAGGAAUCACUGUGAGGUUUAGGUAGUAGUCACCAUCAUGCUCAAAGCCGUGAUCCUGAUUGGAGGCCCUCAGAAGGGGACUCGCUUCAGGCCUUUGUCUUUUGAGGUGCCCAAACCAUUGUUUCCUGUGGCUGGGGUCCCUAUGAUCCAGCACCAUAUCGAGGCCUGUGCCCAGGUCCCUGGGAUGCAGGAGAUUCUGCUUAUUGGCUUCUACCAACCAGAUGAGCCCCUUACCCAGUUCCUAGAAACUGCCCAGCAGGAGUUCAACCUUCCAGUCAGGUACCUUCAGGAAUUUGCCCCCCUGGGCACAGGGGGUGGUCUCUACCAUUUUCGAGACCAGAUCCUGGCUGGAGGCCCCGAGGCUUUCUUCGUGCUCAAUGCUGACGUCUGCUCUGACUUCCCCUUGAAUGCUAUGUUGGAUGCCCACAGACGCCAGCGUCACCCUUUCUUACUCCUUGGCACCACGGCUAACAGGACGCAGUCCCUCAACUACGGCUGCAUCGUUGAGAAUCCACAGACGCACGAGGUCCUGCACUAUGUGGAGAAACCCAGCACGUUUAUCAGUGACAUCAUCAACUGUGGCAUCUAUCUCUUCUCCCCGGAAGCCCUGAAGCCUCUUCGGGAUGUCUUCCAGCGCAAUCAGCAGGAUAGGCAACUGGAGGACUCUCCAGGCUUGUGGCCGGGGGCAGGUACCAUCCGCCUGGAACAGGAUGUGUUCUCGGCCCUGGCAGGGCAAGGCCAGAUAUAUGUGUACCUCACUGACGGGAUCUGGAGCCAGAUCAAGUCCGCAGGUUCAGCCCUCUAUGCCUCCCGCCUUUAUCUGGGCCGCUACGAGUUCACUCACCCAGAACGGCUGGCCAAGCACACGCCAGGAGGUCCACAAAUCCGAGGAAACGUUUACAUCCACCCAACGGCUAAGGUGGCCCCAUCGGCUGUGCUGGGCCCCAACGUCUCCAUUGGGAAGGGAGUGACGGUGGGCGAGGGCGUGCGUCUCCGAGAGAGCAUUGUCCUCCACGGAGCCACAUUACAGGAGCACACGUGUGUUCUGCACAGCAUCGUGGGCUGGGGGAGCACCGUGGGGCGCUGGGCCCGCGUGGAGGGUACCCCCAACGACCCCAACCCCAACGACCCCCGGGCCCGCAUGGACAGUGAGAGCCUCUUCAAGGACGGGAAGCUGCUGCCUGCCAUCACCAUCCUGGGCUGCCGCGUCCGGAUCCCUGCUGAGGUGCUCAUCCUGAACUCGAUUGUUCUGCCACACAAGGAGCUGAGCCGCAGCUUCACCAACCAGAUCAUCCUCUGAGGGGGGCUGCCAGAAGGCCCCCCCAACUCCUACCCGCUCCCCUCGAGGCUGCUGCUUGCUUGGCCGGCCUCUGUCCAGAAAGGACCAGAGGAAGCCAGGCAGGACCUUCACACGCCGGGAGCAGCGUGGGUGGCCCAGGACUCCUGGCCUUCCUCCCCACUCCCUAAUAAACCCCGUGAACCUUGGAGC